AUGGCUCCCAAAGGCCGCUUCAACCGGUUUGACGCCUUUACCAAGACCGUCGAGGAUGCCCGCGUACGAACAACCUCGGGCGGCUUCGUAACCAUUGCUUCCCUCCUCUUAAUCCUCUACCUAGUAUGGGGAGAAUGGACCGAUUACCGCCGCAUCACCAUCCACCCCGAACUCAUCGUCGACAAGGGCCGAGGCGAAAAGAUGGAGAUUCACUUGAAUGUCACCUUUCCUCGCAUUCCCUGCGAAUUGCUCACGCUGGACGUCAUGGAUGUCAGUGGAGAUGUUCAAACGGGCGUCACGCAUGGUGUCUUCAAGACACGCCUCACCCCGGAGAGUGAGGGCAGCAAAGCAUUAAACACCGAAGCACUGGAUCUACACUCCGAGGACAGCAAGGCUCCACACAUGAGCCCGGAUUAUUGUGGAGACUGUUAUGGAGCUCCUGCGCCUUCGAAUGCGAAGAAGGCUGGGUGCUGUAAUGACUGCGCAGAAGUAAGAGAGGCUUAUGCGGGAGUAUCGUGGUCGUUUGGGAGAGGGGAGAAUGUCGAGCAAUGUGAGCGGGAACACUACGCGGAGCAUCUCGAUGAGCAGAGAAAAGAGGGAUGUCGGGUCGCAGGCAGCAUUCGCGUCAACAAGGUCGUGGGAAACUUCCAUUUCGCUCCGGGAAAGAGUUUCAGCAAUGGAAAUAUGCAUGUGCAUGAUUUGGAGAAUUAUUUCGGGGGAGGAGUGGAUCAUUCCUUCACGCACAAGAUUCAUCAUCUACGAUUCGGACCGGAGUUGCCUGAUAAUGUGGUGGAGAUGGUUGGGAAGAAGGGCAUGGCGUGGAGUAACCAUCACUUGAACCCGCUGGAUGAUACAGAGCAAAAGACGAACGAAAAGGCCUACAACUUCAUGUAUUUUGUAAAGGUGGUUUCGACCGCAUACUUGCCGUUGGGUUUCGAGUCGCGGCCUGUGUUGGGAGGGAUUGGGAUGGAUAGCUAUGCGGAUUUGGGACAACUGGGAAAGAACCUGGAUCGCAGCAUCGAAACACAUCAGUAUUCCGUCACUUCGCAUAAACGGGCGCUGGGUGGUGGUGAUGCGCAGGAUGAGRGACACAAGGAGAGGCUGCAUGCUAGGGGCGGUAUCCCGGGAGUCUUCUUCUCAUAUGACAUUUCCCCGAUGAAGGUCAUUAACCGUGAGACUCGCACCAAGUCCUUUUCGGGUUUCUUGGUGGGUGUCUGUGCUGUUAUUGGUGGUACCCUUACCGUUGCCGCUGCUAUUGAUCGAAUCAUGUAUGAAGGUGGGCAGAGGGUGAAGGGGAGACGUGCAGAGUAG